AUGGCAGACUUACUCACCCCUGUGAGCCAAACAUACCGCAAACAAGCCCACAACGAGGAAUUCUUGAGCGUUUCCAAGCCCGCCGAGCCUGCUACAGCACCGACGCUUGAGUUCAAUGGUACAUCACCUGAGGAAGCGCUUGAAGUACUCAAGAGCCAACCGAGCUAUGAUACACUCUUGUGUGUCUUGAAGUACCUGCAAAAAGGGACGAGGGGCAAGCAAGCAUUCGACAUCCGGAUACCAGGACCCCGCUGUGCUCAAAUUAUACACGUCUUGGUUACAGAGAUCGUCCCAAAUUACUCGACGCUUCUGAGGGAAUCUUCAGAGGGCCAGAGCGGAGGCGCUCUCGAUGUGCUGCUGGCAUGUCUAACGAGCCUGACAGGUAUCAAUGCCGCGCUUACAUACAUACGAGCUCUGACACGUGAGGCAAAGUCGGAUCCCAAGGGUUUCAAGAACCCCCAUGUUGUCUUCAACUUGAGCUUUACUUUAGAUUUGCUCGGCAGGCUUCUGCAAGCUGACGGGGGUUUGAAGCAAUUGUGGAGCAGCAUCAGCCCAGUAGACAACGCCGUUCAAGUUCGGCCUAUGCGACAGGAGUUCAUUUCGUUACUGGCAAGUGGGAGAAUCUCAUCGUUCUCCGCAGAGGCCGAAGACCUGUGUCGGCAACAAAGCAAGCUCGACGAGGAAGUCUGGGUGGCUAACGGCAAGCGGUACGUUGACUGGCUUGGUCACGGUCUAGUCACAUGGAUUCGACAUGGGGUCAGCGAGGAAGACAUCAAGCUAGCUGCAGAAGUUGCAGCGCGGGCAAUGAGGCUGCCCCAUUCUGAAAACUUGAUCAAGACGCUGUUCACUGAACUACUUCUCCGAGGUGCAGGUAACCAGACGACAUUUGGGGAGCUUCUUGGCUACUUCCCGCCACUACAACAGAGAAAGGUUCUCCUCAUAAUAUUGAAACUGCUUUCCAAUUUAUACCUCGGCUCCGCGGAUAGCAGUGAAGGGACAGAUGAUGAUCCCAUUAUAUCAGCUGUAGCUGGUGCAUUGAGAGACGUGAUAGCCAAGGACGAGAAUCAGAAGGAUUACCUCAUUAGUUGGCUCACCGGCGCCUCCGGGGCUGGACUAGGAGAGAGCUGUGGUAUUCGACGGGCGGCCGUUGCUGUCUUGGCAGAUGACAAAGUGGCCAUCUCAACGGUUCUUGAGAAAAGCCUGAACCAGUUUGGCGAUCAGCUGUAUAUUAGGCAUUCUCCAAUGCUUCAGCAAGAGGCCCAUGCGCAAGUGCUACUGCUCAGCGCUGGAUAUACUCACAGGAUUGCACCAAUAAAGCUUACAGUUCUGCUGCGGUCCAGCGCAUAUCUCAAUACGGUCUCCAAUCGGAUCGCUGCAUCCCAAGGCCGUGGCCGCUUUCUCGGAAUGGUGGUUGGCGAAGCGCUAUCGGGACUCGUUCACGGAAAGGAGACGAAACUAGACUUCAAGAUGGACGAGCUCGAUACCUCAGAAGCGAAGUGGUACAAGGCUUUGGUUCAUGUGUCUGACAAGAUUGGACCACUAAAUCCUCUCCGGGCAUUGCUUUCCCCGUCAACCACGAGCAAGGCACCUAGACCAGCUAAGCAGGCUGAGAAAGUAGCACCAAAACUCAGCAGAGCCCCUCGACAGUCGGGUUUCGCCAUUGAAGAAAUCAAAGAUGAUGAAGAGCAGGAUGACCCAGAACUAAUACCAUACGCAAAGCCCGACUCCGAUGCAGAAGAUUCAGAUGACGACCCUACUCUAAUAAGUCGAGAUAAGCCUAAGGCCCCUGUGUACAUCAGGGAUCUCAUCAGCUAUCUACGAGACACAGAGACGUACGACAAGCAGAAACUGGCUCUAGCAACAGCGCCUACUCUUAUCCGUCGCAAAGCCACAUAUGGCACUGAAGUUACUUCACAUGCGGAAGAGCUUGCAGCACUGCUCGUGGGUCUUCAAGACAAAUUUGACCUCGAUGCAUUCCAUGAUCAGCGCUUACAAGGUAUGAUUGCCAUCGUCGUCGCGCAGCCAAAGAAAAUGGGUCAGUGGUUUGCCAAAACAUUCUUCGACGGCGAUUACUCGUUCUCGCAGCGAGCAUCCAUCCUCAUCGUCCUUGGCCUGAGCGGCAGGGAGAUAGCUGGCUUCGAGACUUCAGAGUACGCCACCGCUGCCCAGUUCCCUUCCAAGGCACUUCCGACUAGAGUCGAAAAGCAUUACAUACCACCCUCCUCAUCAUCCACAGGCAGGCUCCAAACGCCGGGCUCCAACUUGAAAGCCCUCCCACCCAAUGCGGUAGACAAGCUUGCGCAGUCGCUCUCGCAGACUUUCCUUGCGCCCCUCGCAGCUGAAGCAGCCGAUGCAGCAACAGGACCCGACGCGCUGAAGCUCUCCUCCUUCACCUCGCGUCUGAACGCCCAGUCUUCGAAUUCUUCUAAGGGAGGCAGCAAAGCAAGAACCCGUGGCGUCCGCUCCAUUCCCAACACGACAGCCUCGCUGAUCGCAUCCUCUUUCUUCUUCCCGCUGACAUCGCGGUUCCAGGCCGCCAUGGCGUCCUCGUCGCGUGAGAUUAUCUUCCAACCAUAUCUCUUGGCUGUCUACCUCAAGACGCUGGCCCUCCUCCUGCAUGCCGCAGGCCCCAGCACGCUAGCACUCCCUCAGAUGACAGCCGAGCUCUGGGACCUGCUGCUGGGUGUACGGGCGCAGUGCCUCGGCGAGCAGGGCGUCACGCAGGCUGUGCUGUUCGCACUGAUCGCGUUGUUAGAUGUCAACGAGGGUGACAUGCGCGGGCUGUGCGAGAGGCAGGGCCGUGAGGUGGUCGAGAGUAUGGAGUGGGUUGGUGGCGUGUUCAACAACACCCGCGGAGGCGACGCUGGCGGUGAUGGAGAGGAAAAUGAGGUCAAGAUGCUGGCGGCUGGCGUGCUGAUCCGACUGCGCGAGGCGGUCGACAAGUACCAGGCUGUGCUUAUGGGCGACCUGAUCGGCCUCACUUAG